UUUAUCAGUAAAUAUGUUUUCUACGAUUUCUAAGGCACAUUUUUUCACCAAGAAUGGUGCCAAAUAUUUGGGAAAAUUUUGGCAGCAUUGGGUUUAAGAGACAGUUUACUGAAAACACCUGAUAAGGUAAAAAGCCAUGAAAUGGACCAAGUAAGAUAAAGGGAUUAAAAGAGAAAGAGGCGGAGGCAAGUCGUGAAUGCACAGCCAAGUAGAGAGGCAAAGAUGUGGGAAAGAUAGGGAAACAACCAGGAGACAAGAGAGGAAAAGAGCACAGGAAAUGUUGAGAUUUCCUCUGGAUGUGAGGUGUGUGUGUGUGUGUGUGUGUGUGUUCCUGACAUGCUCGGUUGUUGCCCUCUUUCACUAUGAAUGUGUUGGAGAGAGUCAGAAGAGAAAGGAGCCGGUUUUGUGAAGAGAGAGCUUUCAUUUUGUAGUUUCAGAUACAGACAGAUGCUGAAACAAUCUGUGGAUAAUUGUUUUUUACCUUUUUGUUUUUGGGAUGCUGGGGCUUGCCUUCUGCCAAACAAGGAAAAUCCUUUAACAAAGCCUCAGAAUUUGCUUUGUGAAAGAGUUGGUUUCAGUUUUUUCAAGCAGUGGACAUAGUGAUCCUAUUGUUACUCACUGAGAAUACCACUAGAAACCUUUCUUUCACAUUUAUUUAAAUUUUUUUGCGACUUGUCUUUGGUUUGUUCAUUCUAGUGGUUGGUUACACUAGUUAUCAUUAUCAAAGCUCCUCUUGUCAUGUAACCAACCGUUCCUUCAGACGUGGUGAACCGAAUCACCUGCCAAUCACUCGGACCUGAUUCCUCCCUCUCUGAGCAAGUUCUCUUAGCCUGGCAGGUUUCGGGACUCUGCUUAGGUUUCAGCCAUGUUACGUUGUGUUCUUCAGCGAGCCAACAACCUGAGACACUCUGACCCCCUGGCAAGUGUCACCUUCAGAGGGUCUAAGAAGAAGACAAAAGUCAUCAAGAACAACCCGAACCCUGUUUGGAAUGAGGGUUUUGAAUGGGAUCUUAAGGGGAUUCCUCUGGACUCCGGAGCAGAGCUGCACUGUGUUGUCAAAGACCAUGAGAAGAUGGGGAGGAACAGGUUCCUGGGGGAAAGCCGCCUGGCUCUCAGAGACGUGCUCAACUCUCCCAACCUGGCUGCCUCCUUCACUGUGUCCCUGCUGGACACCAAGAGAAACAACACAGGGGCUACGCUGACCCUGCAGGUUUCCUACAUCCCUCCUCCAGGAGCAGCUCCGAUCUUCCAGCCUCCCCCGCAGCCUGAGGCCCUGCCCCAUAACAACCCCACCGUGGAACUGGACACUGUCACAAUGAUUUCUCUGGACACUUUGGGAGAGGAGGAUACAGAGAGUAUGAUGAUGCUGGAGCAAACAGAAGACCAGGGCCCCGACGACGGACGCUCCAUGGUGAUCGUCGGCACCCAGGGGACGCAGGGCCAGGAGUCCCCCACCGCCCAGACACCUAAACGCACGCCACCGUCCCACAACACCCAAGGAGGGCUGAGGAGGAGGAGGAGAGGAGCCAGCAGUCAGCCUAAACCUCUGCCCAACAAACCACAGGACAUACAGGUUCGUGUGCGAGUCAUUGAGGGGCGACAGUUGCCCGGCGUCAACAUCAAGCCCGUUGUCAAGAUAACGGUAGCUGGGCAGACCAAGAGGACUCGCAUCAGAAAAGGAAACAACCCUGUCUUUGAUGAGACAUUUUUCAUGAACUUCUUUGAGACUCCGUCAGACUUGUUUGACGAACCAAUCUUCAUUACUGUGUGUGACUCUCGCUCACUCAGAACUGAUGCUGUGAUCGGUGAAUUCAAGUUAGAUGUUGGCACUGUCUACAAUGAGCACAGACACUGCUUCUUGAGGAAAUGGCUGCUGCUGUCUGACCCUGACGACCUCUCUGCUGGAGUUAAAGGUUACCUGAAGGUCAGCUUGUUCGUCUUGGCCGCUGGAGAUGAGCCCCCGGCUGAUAGGCGUGAGUGUGUGGAGGAGAAAGAGGAUAUAGAAGGAAAUCUGCUGAGGCCGGCUGGUCUGUCUCUGAGAGGAGCCACCUUCACCUUGAGGAUUUUCAGAGCUGAAGACCUGCCACAGAUGGAUGAUGCCUUCAUGGAUGGGAUGAGGCAGAUUCUUGGGUUUGACAGUAACAGGAAGAACUUGGUGGAUCCUCUGGUGGAGAUCCACUUUGCUGGCAAAACAGUCUGCACUAAGAUUCUGGAGAAGAACGCCAAUCCACAAUGGCACCAAAGUCUGUCCUUGCCAAUUAGGUUUCCCUCCAUGUGUGAGAAGAUGAGGAUCAGAAUCCUGGACUGGGACAGAGCCAGUCACAAUGAUGUCAUCGGCACUGCCCACCUCUGUAUGUCUAAGAUCUCCGCCCCAGGAGGAGAGAUAGAUGAUGACUUGUCUCCACGGACCGUCCACCCUGGCAUGGACGACAGUCUUGGUUUCUUGCCGACGUUCGGCCCGUGUUUCGUCAACCUGUACGGCAGCCCAAGAGAGUUCACCGCCUUCAAUGACCCUCAUGAAACUCUAAACCUCGGAAAAGGGGAGGGCGUGGCGUACCGAGGUCGAGUUUUACUUGAACUAACCACAAAACUGGUGGACAAACCGGAGCAAAAAAUCGAAGACAUACCAUCAGAUGAUUUGCUGGUGGUUGAGAAGUUUCUCAGGAAGAGGAAGUUCUCUCUCUUCGUCGCGUUUUACUCGGCCACGCUCCUCCAGGACGUCGACGACGCCAUCCAGUUCGAAGUCAGCAUCGGCAACUACGGCAACAAGUUCGACUACACCUGCCUCCCUCUGGCGUCCACCACACAGUUCAGCAGGGCUGUGUUCGAUGGUUGCCAGUACUACUACCUCCCUUGGGGAAACGUUAAGCCAGUAGUGGUUCUGUCCUCUGAAUGGGAAGAUAUCAAACCGAGGAUCGAGGCUCUCAACAUGCUGCUGGUCAUCAUCGACAGACUGGAGGAGAACCUGCGGCGUGUGCAGCUGGAAGUGAAGGCGGGCAGUGAUCUGGAGGAGGUGGAGCUCCGAGUGGUCGAGCUGUUGGAUCAGGUCAUCACAGACUGCAGUGAGAAGCUGCCCUCUCUCGACCACUGGCAGUGCGCGACCCCUCUGGACCGCUCGUUGAGGCACAUUCGUACUCUGCACCUGGAACAGAUUGUGAAGGCGGCGCAGGCUCUCAAACACGGGCCGGCUACUGAGCUCUCCACUGUGAUGGAGCAGGCUGAGGACUGGGCCAGCAGGCUGAGAACCAUAGCCGAGGAGCCCCAGAACAGUCUUCCAGACAUAGUGAUCUGGAUGCUGCAGGGUGACCGCAGGGUGGCGUACCACCGGAUCCCAGCGCACACGGUGCUCUUCUCCCAGGAGCAUUGUGGGAAACACUGCGGACAACUGCAGACUGUCUUCCUCAAGUACCCACAGGGCAGCGGCGGAGAAGCCAAACUUCCUGGUCAGCUGAGGGUCAAAGUCUGGUUUGGAUUGGCCGCUGAUGUGAAACACUUCAACCAAUACGCUGAAGGAAAACUGUCCGUCUUUGCUGAAACGUAUGAGAACCAGACCCGGCUCGCCCUGGUGGGCAGCUGGGGGACUACUGGUCUGACGUACCCCAAGUUCAGCGACGUCACCGGAAGAGUGAAACUACCCAAAGAGAGUUUCAAACCCUCGCCUGGCUGGACCUGGGCCGGAGACUGGUUCAUCAGCCCGGAGAAGACACUGCUGUUCGACGUGGACGCCGGUCACAUGAUCUUCACAGAGGAAGUGUUUGAAAACCAGAUGAGGUUACCGGGCGGACAGUGGAUCGGCAUGCCGGAGGGUUACACUGAUGUGAACGGGGAGAAAGCCGUGCCGAAGGACGAGGUGGAGUGUCCUCCCGGCUGGGUGUGGGACGAGGUGGAGUGGAGCGAAGACCUCAACAGAGCUGUGGAUGAUCAAGGCUGGGAGUACGGCAUCACCAUCCCUCCAGACCGCCGUCCCAAGUCCUGGGUACCGGCCGAGAAGAUGUAUCACACCAACCGACGGAGGCGUUGGAUACGGUUGAGACGACGAGACCAGCAGAAGAUGGAAGCGCUCCGAAAGCAACGUCCGGACGAGGCGGAGAGGGAAGGCUGGGAGUACGCCUCGCUGUUCGGCUGGAGGUUCCACCUGAAGCCGAGGAAGACGGACAGCUUCAGGAGGCGCAGGUGGAGGUGCCGCAUGGAGCCGCUGGAGAAGACGGGACCGGCCGCCAUCUUUGCUCUGGAGUGCUCUCUGAGCAGCAUAGAGGACAAGAACGACGACAAGUCAGUCACAACCACGUUCGGAGUCAACCGACCGACCAUAUCCUGUUUCUUUGACCGUGGAACCCGCUACCACUUGCGCUGCUACCUGUACCAAGCCAGAGACCUGCUGGCUAUGGACAAAGACAGCUUCUCAGACCCCUACGCCAUUGUGUCCUUCCUCCAUCAGUCCCUGAAGACGGUGACGGUGCGCAACACCCUCAAUCCCACCUGGGACCAGACGCUCAUCUUCUAUGAGGUGGAGAUUUUUGGCGACCCGGAGGUCGUGAUGGCCAAUCCGCCAAACAUUGUGGUGGAACUUUACGACCAGGAUACCUACGGAGCGGAUGAGUUCAUGGGCCGCUGUGUGUGCCAGCCCUCCUUCUCUCCUUCCCCUCACUUGGCCUGGUUCCCGAUUCAUCUAGGGGAGAAAAACGCCGGCGAACUGUUGGCCGCCUUCGAGCUCAUACGCAGAGAAAAGCCAGCAGUUCACCAUAUUCCAGGUCAAGAGGGAGACAUCUUGACUUCCUCCCAUGUUCUAGAUGAGUUAAUUCUUCCAGGAUUCCUCUCUGAAAGCCUGCAGCAAUGGCCGGAGGAGUCGGACCUUCCGUACCCGCCACCUCAGAGAGAGCCCAACGUCUUCGUGGUUCCUCAGGGCAUCAAACCUGUUCUUCAGAGAACCGCCAUUGAGAUCUUAGCGUGGGGCGUUCGUAACCUGAAGAGUUUCCAGCUGGCCAGCGUUUCCACCCCGAGCCUGCAGGUGGAGUGCGGCGGCGUCACGAUCCUGAGCUGCGUCAUCCGCAGCAUGAAGAAGAAGCCAAACUUUGACGACAACAUUCUCAUGCUUGAUGUGAGACUUCCCUGUGAGGAGCUCUACAUGCCGCCCAUCGUAAUCAAAGUCAUCGACAACCGUCAGUUUGGCAGGAAGCCGGUGGUCGGUCAGUGCACCAUCCGGUCGCUGGAGGAUUUCCGGUGCCACCCAGAGGAGGAGCGAGUGGAGGAGGUGGAGGAAGGGAGAGGUGAAAUGCCCCACUUCGUUAGCGGGGACGUUCUGAUUGACAUCGAUGAUCGGGAGCUGCUCAUACCUGAACAGCUUGCAGACGGAGCCGGUUCAGCUAUCAUUAACCUUUCCACCUCUAGUUCCAGCCUUCAUAUGUUACAGUGGGCAGAAGAGUUCAUGGACUGGUGGAGUAAGUUUUACGCCUCGAUUGGAGAGAAAAACAAGUGCGGGACGUACCUGGAGAGAGGCUUCGACACGCUGAAGGUGUACGACCGGGAGUUAGAGAAGGUCGAGAGCUUUGAAGGUCUCUCCGAUUUCUGUCAAACAUUCAAACUGUACAGAGGAAAGACUCAGGAUGAAGGAGAAGAUCCGUCAGUGGUGGGAGAGUUCAAGGGUAUGUUUAAGAUCUACCCCCUGCCAGACGACCCCUCCGUCCCCAUUCCCCCUAGACAGUUCAGAAAGCUUCCUCCCAACGGCAUCGAGGAAUGUUUGGUCCGAGUCUACAUCAUCCAGGCGGAAGGACUGCAGCCCAAAGACACCAACGGGAAGUGUGAUCCCUAUGUGAAGAUCACGUUGGGGAAAAAGACAAUCAAUGACCAUGAAAACUACAUCCCCUGUACUCUGGAGCCCGUCUUUGGAAAGUUGUUCGAGUUAACCUGCUCACUCCCGGUGGAGAAGGACCUUCGGGUGAUACUGUAUGACCACGACAUGCUGAGCAAAGACGAGAAGAUCGGAGAGACAGUGAUCGACCUGGAGAAUCGCUUCCUGUCCAAAUAUGGAGCCAUGUGUGGCCUGCCGCAGUCCUACUGUGUAUCGGGGGUAAACCAGUGGCGAGACCAGCUGACACCCAGGCAGCUACUGGCCAGAGUGUGUGAGCGACAAAACCUGCAAAAGCCUGUCUACAGAAACGAGGUCGUCUACUUCAGAGGAGACGAUUACUCCGCUGCAGACCUUGAGGACAAACAGGUGCCUAAACAUCAUCUCGGCCCUAUUGAGGAGCGCCUGUCCCUUCACAUCUUGAGGAAACUGGAAUUGGUACCUGAACAUGUGGAGAUGAGACCGCUGUACAACCCGCUGCAACCCGACAUAGAGCAGGGUCGUCUGAUGAUGUGGGUGGACCUGUUCCCCAAGUCUCUUGGACCGCCGGGACCCCCAUUCAACGUCACACCACGCAAGGCUAAGAAGUUCUUCCUGCGUUGCAUCAUCUGGAACACCAGUGAUGUCAUCCUGGAUGAUGUCAGCAUCAGCGGGGAGAAGAUGAGCGACAUUUAUGUAAAAGGCUGGCUCGACGGACACGAAAACAACAAGCUGAAGACCGACGUCCACUACCGCUCUCUGGGCGGAGAGGGAAACUUCAACUACAGAUUCCUGUUUCCCUUCCACUACUUACCAGCAGAGCAACUGUGUGUCGUCGACAGGAAGGAACAUUUCUGGAGUAUGGAUAAAGCCGAGACCAAACUGGCUCCUAGACUGACCAUCCAGAUCUGGGACAAUGACAAGUUCUCCUUUGAUGACUACCUCGGUCACCUGGUGAUGGACCUGAACCACAUGCUGCGUCCGGCCAAGUCUCCAGAGAAGUGUAACCUGCAGCUGCUGGACCAGCCGGCGGACAGACUGGUGUCUCUGUUUGAACAGAAGACCGUCAAAGGAUGGUGGCCCUGCACCUGCAACCAGAACGGAGAGAAGAUCAUAGCUGGGAAGGUGGAGAUGUCUCUGGAGAUCGUGACGGAACAGGAGCAAGAGGAGCGACCGGCUGGCCUCGGCAGAGACGAACCCAACAUGAACCCUCACCUGGAGGAACCCCAGCGUCCAGAGACCUCCUUCCUGUGGUUCUCCUCCCCCUAUAAGACUCUCAAGUUCAUCCUGUGGAGGCGCUUCAAGUGGUUAAUCAUCCUCUUCAUCAUCCUCUUCUUCAUCCUCCUCUUCCUUGGCGUCUUCCUCUACUCCUUCCCGAACUACGCUGCCAUGAAGAUGGUGGGACCUUUUGGACCAGCCAAGGGAACACAGUGAUGACGGAGGGCGAGGAAAGACGAACACGAAUGAGCUGACACGAUGAAGAACGACGUCAUGUUUCUGAAAGUGAAAUGAGGCUGAACUGAACUGAUUUUCAUGUUAUUAUUCUGUCAUCUUCCUAAAGUUGAACGAUAACAGCAGCAGUGAACUUGAUCCGAUGAGUUUACACUCUUUUGUACAGAUUAACGACGACGCUCGAGCUUUGGCGAUUCCUCUAACAUUACGUGUGUGUGUGUGUGUGUGUCCGUUUGUGCCUUUCCUGUUAGAUCUGCGCUUCAUCGUCUAUCAACAGCAUGUGUUGUCUGCGUCCUCGUCACUCCUCCGUCACGUCUUUAAUCUCUCUUUCUGUUUAGAAGGAGAAUAAAAACCAGUCGCAGAACGCCGCCAUGUUUAAAAAGUAGAAACAUGAUCUUACCGCCCGCUGUGAGUUGAAGUCAGGUCAGACGGCGGCGACUCAGCGGCUUCAAACAGUCAAACUUUAUCAUCCUAAAAAUUCAAACUGGGAAUUUUCACUCAUUAUUAAUUGUUUUUAAUCAUCUUUGUAUGUCAUUGCUACGUGUGCUGCCUUCAAGUACAAUCAGAAAAAGAAAUGUCAGUAUCAAAAAAGUUAAAAUUGCAGAACAUAUGAUGCCUUCAGGUGCUGUGGGGAAAAUUAUUGUCUGUUUAUUUCUUAGCAGUUAAGAACAGUGUUAAAAAAAGUUGUUUGAACAAUUCAGUUUUACAAAUCUUCACACCUCAGUUGUGAAUUUUAACCUCCAUCUUAUUUAUUUGUUUACUUCUCCUCCUUCUCUUCCUCCUCUUCUUUCCACUCUCCUUCCUCUUCCUCCUCAGCUUUGUCCCUCCUUUUCCUCCCCUUCAUCCUUUCGUAUUUCCUCUUGAUUCUCUUCCUACACUUCUUUUUUCCCCCCACAUAUCAUUCUGUUCUUCCUCCUCUUCUUCCCCUCUACUUUCCUCUCCUUCUGCAUCUCC